AUGGAAGAAGAAAUGGAUGAUCAGUCCAACUUAGAGAUCAUCGAGGAGGAUGACAAGGAACAGACUCAGGUCUGGAGCAACAUUGGAGGUACCUCCAUUCAGAGAAGAAAUAUGGAAACACCCGGCACUAAUAUUAUAACGCAGAGAGAUGACACAUCUGCUAUUAAGCAGAGGGCUGAUGAUGAAAUUGAUAUUAUUAGCCAGCCCCAACAGGAUGGUAAAGAGAAUGAGGAAAACAAGCAAUCUGCCGCUUUACUCCAGUAUAACGGCGAGGAAGAUGAUAUUAUAUGCGGAAGAUUCCCCCACCUUGAUGUCUGUGGCUGUGAGAUACCUUCCUUCAUCGCACUUAAAGAGAUCAAGCUCAUUGAGGUGAUUGAUGGUGUCUUUAUGGGGCCAUUCCAAGCCGCCUUUAAGACCAGGGAGCUAUUGGAGAAUAAUGUAACCCAUAUUCUUAACUUAUCAACAAGAGAGUUUACUAAGAGGAAGUUCUUUAAAUAUCUCGAUAUUAACAUCUAUGAUAACCACACCGAGGAUGCAAGGAAAUAUUUCAGAAUCACAAACAGAUUUAUCAAAAAGGCAAAAGAAGAGGGAGGAAAAGUACUAGUCUCAUGAAUUGCUGGCAAGUCUAGGUCUCCUACCUUCAUCCUUGCCUACCUUAUUGGUGUCGAGAAAGUAAAACUUAAGGAUGGGCUUGCUCUUUUAAGACAAUUUGUCCCAGAAGUAGAGCCAAACGAUGCCUUCAUCAAGCAGCUGCAGGAAUAUGAUCUUGAGAUUCUCUCGAAAUAUUAA